CCAAUAUCUAAUUUAUGUAUCAAAGUUUUCUCAUGCAAUCAAUAAUUCUCAAAAGAAUUUUUGUAUACCCAUCCAAAAUCUAUUAUCUAUAUAGUUAGAGAGUAUAAAUCCUUUACUCCAAUCUUUGACGUGAAAAAACGCAUGACAAGCUUCCUUCGCGAUUGAUCACAUCCACAAGCGAUAUUUAUUGAAGUGAGGAUGGAUUUGAAAACAAAAAGGAGAAGUGAGGUAGAGCAUGAUGAGGGAGAGGACUUAGUUCUAGCAACUUUGGUUGCAAAUGGAGAUGACAUUAGUCCUCUAGUAAGACAUGCCUUUGAAAUGGGUCGCCCGGAAGGGCUCCUUCGCCAGCUCAACUUUGUGGUGAAGAAAAAAGAAGCUGAAAUUGAAGACAUGUGCAAGACUCACUAUGAAGAAUUCAUUCUCGCAGUGGAUGAACUCCGCGGCGUGUUGGUCGAUGCAGAAGAACUCAAGAGUGAACUUCAAAGUGAUAAUUUCAAGCUGCAGCAAGUUGGAACCACACUUCUUGUUAAGCUUGAGGAGCUUCUUGAAUCCUAUUCUGUUAAGAAGAAUGUCACUGAAGCUAUCAAGAUGUCAAUGAAUUGUAUACAGGUGUUGGAGCUUUGUGUCAAGUGUAAUAAUCACAUUUCUGAAGCUCAAUUUUAUCCUGCAUUGAAAACUGUUGAUUUGCUUGAGAAGAGUUACAUGCAGAAUAUUCCUGCUAGAGCUCUGAAAUUGGUGAUAGAGAAGAGAGUUCCUUCCAUAAAAUUGCAUAUUGAGAAGAAAGUAUGUAGUCAAGUUAAUGAAUGGAUGGUCCUUAUUCGUAGUUCUUGUAAAAAAAUCGGGCAAACAGCAAUCGGUCGGACUGCUUCGGUUCGUCAGAGGGACGAGGAAAUUCUAGAAAGGCAGAGGAAGGUAGACGAUUCAAAUGUUUCAGGCAUUGACGAUCGAGCGUUUAAUUUGGAUGGUGAAGAAGGUGAUAAUGACUCUGCUAUGCAAUUUGAUCUCACACCGCUCUACCGCGCUUGUCAUAUUCAUAGUUGUAUGGGGAUCCUAGAGCAAUUUCAUGAAUACUAUUAUAAGAAUAGAUUGUUACAGUUGAAUUCAGAUUUGGAGAUAUCUUCAGCACAACCUUUUGUUGAAUCAUAUCAAACACUUCUAGCUCAAAUUGUAGGGUAUUUCAUAGUGGAGGAUAAGGUUUUAAGGACAGCAGAGGGACUUCUUGUUGAGGAUCAAGUUGAAACUAUGUGGGAAACUGCUUUGUCUAAAAUGACAUCAAUGUUGGAUAGGCAAUUCUCACAUAUGAACUCUGCUACUCAUCUUCUCUUGAUUAAGGACUAUGUUACACUUGUUGGAUCAACUCUUAGAAAAUAUGGAUAUGACAUAACUCCUUUACUUGAUGUUCUUGAUAGUUGUCGCGACAAAUUCCACUUGCUUCUUUUGGAAGAUUGUAAGAAAAAAAUUGUUGAUGUUAUUCAAAAUGAUUCAUAUGAGCAAAUGGUUAUAAAAAAGGAUAUUGAUUAUGAGAAUCAUGUUCUAUCAUUUAGUCUUCAAACUUCAGAUAUUUUGCCUGCUUUUCCUUAUGUCGCGGCAUUCUCUUCGAUGGUCCCCGACGCUUGUCGAAUCGUGACGUCUUUCAUUAAAGGCUCGGUUGAUUAUUUGUGUCAUGGUGUAAGAACCAAUUUCUUUGAUAUUGUGAGGAAGUAUUUGGACAAGUUUUUGAUUGAAGUGUUGAAUGAAACAUUACUAGACACAAUAAAUGGUGGAAAUAUAACUGUUUCUCAAGCUAUGCAGAUUGCUGCAAAUAUUUCGGUUCUUGAAAGAGCUUGUGAUUUUUUCCUUAGACAUGCGGCUCAAUUAUGCGGCUGUGGCGCUGCCUCGGUUCGAUCGGUUGAUAAGCCAACAGCUGCAUUAACUGCUAAAGUUUUAUUAAAGACGUCAAGGGAUGCAGCUUAUAUUACACUAUUGGGUUUAGUCAAUACAAAAUUAGAUGAAUAUAUGAAACUAACAGAAAGUGUUCUUUGGACUUCAGAGGAAGCAAAACCAAAUGGAAAUGAGUACCUAAAUGAAGUUGUUUUUUACCUUGAUUCUCUUAUGUCAACAGCACAACAAAUUUUACCAUUGGAUGCUAUGUACAAAGUUGGAACAAGUGCACUUGAUCAUAUUUCUAACAUAAUUGUGGCUGCUUUUCUUAGUGAUAGUGUUAAAAGGUUUAAUGCAAAUGCUGUUAUGAAUAUCAACAAUGAUCUAAUGAUGUUGGAGAGUUUUGCUGAUGAGAGGUUUUAUGCUUCUGGAUUGGGUGAAAUCUAUAAGGAUAGCUUUAAGAGUUGUUUGAUAGAAGCAAGACAAUUGAUUAAUCUUUUGUCAAGUAGUCAACCUGAGAAUUUCAUGAAUCCUGUCAUAAGGGAGAAAAAUUACUAUGCAUUGGAUUAUAAGAAAGUUGCUACAAUUUGUGAUAAAUUCAAGGAUUCUCCUGAUGGUAUAUUUGGAAGCCUUUCAAAUAAAAAUACGAAGCAGAGUGCUAAGAAGAAAUCAAUGGACAUGCUCAAAAAGAGACUAAAGGACUUCAAUUGAUGAGGAUUGUGGAAAAGUAUUGUUUCAUUUUGUUAAGGGUAUAUAUAGUUUUAUUAUUUGUUUCUUCUGUUAUGGAUGUUGAUCUUCAGAAUAAACCGUGUUUCUAUA